AUGUCGUACAACCAGCCCGGGGCCAAAAGGCCGAAAAGGCCGGAUAGGCCUGAUGUGGACUACUUUCAAGGCAUAGACAAGCUAGAGUACAACAACAUGGCCGGCCCAGGCGAGGCGGGCCACUACCGGUACUACAACAGCUCUGAAAGGUUGUGUUCGAGGUCCAUGGAAGAUUGGCUCAAAUUCAGCGUGUCGCUCACCGAAUUCCGGAAUUAUGGCUACGAUAAUUUCGGUCGACCGUCACCUCACCGCCAAUGGGAUGAUGGCACUAAAACCAUAGACAACCACAAACGCUGUAUCAAAGCACUCUUCGAUCUAUGCAAUAAACUCGGCGUUAAGUACUGGACUGCUUACGAUUCGGAUUUGAUCCCGUUCGGGGACAGUUGGGAGGAGACGAGGGUCCAAUGGGAUGAGAUGGUGGAGUUUGUGCAAGAAUUAGGACAGAAGAUGCACUUGAAGUGUUUGUGGUUAGCUCCUGAUUUGCAUUCGCAUCCUCGAUACUCGCUAGGCGCCUUAACAAACAGCGACGCAAAUGUAUUUGCCCAAGCCGCUACACAAAUAAAAAAAUGUUUAGAAGUGUCACAGCGUUUGAACGCAGAAUGUUUUCUCCUCUGGCCAAGCAGGGAAGGAUACGAGAAUACAUUCCACACAGAUAUCGCCAAAGAAAUAAAAUUAUUUGGCAAAUUACUUAAACUAACAGCCGAAUAUAAAGACAGAUUGAAUUACAGAUGUCAAUUACUUUUAAUGCCAUACUACAGUUUUGGUAGAAAUUGUGGCGGAUGGCAACACUGGUGGGAGAAAGAGAUGGUGAAUAUGUAUGUGUGGGACGUGACGAGUUGUCUGUAUCUCCUGAAGAACUAUAAUUUGGACCGUUAUUACAAAGUGUGCACGCCGCCAGGACAUCAUAUGUAUAUGGCUAAUAUAUACAAUAUGCUUGGCGGAGUGUUCUUGACCAAUCACUUCGACCACUACGAUACCAAGAGUCUGACACUCAUGAUGAAGUGCAUCGUAGAACAGGGAUCUGCGCCACCUGGCGGCGUUCAUCUAAAACUUUUAACACGCGCGAGCAGCGCUCCCCGCGAGCAGCUGUCUCGCUAUGUGUCUCUCAUGGACGCAUGCGCACGCGCAUUGCGACUCGCCGCUCAUAUGGCGCAGGAGCAGUACUUCUCUAAGCAUUUGCAGCAACGCUAUUCUUCGUACCACAGCGGAUUCGGUUCCCGGCUGGUAGGCAGCGACGUGUCAAUGGAAGAGUGUGAGGAGCAUUACAAGAAGAACCACGCGGUCCAGCCGGAGAGCCCUCGCCUUGAACUUCUAGACAUCAGUUUCCAGCGGUACCUGGACACCUGCGACCGUAUCUAA